CGUGUCAUUCGCCAUCUUGGUUUUUGCGGACUUGUCAGGGACACGGAGGGCAGCGGUGUGGUUGGAGGCGGCUUCGUAUCUCGCUUGUGUUCCUGAGUGGAGAGUUUCAACAUGUUGUCCAGGGCGGCUCUGGUAUCGGCCUAUAGUGUGAAAAAAUCUGCACCUGCUGUAGUUGGGAUCUUGAAUACAUGCCAGUCUCUUCACACAGGGAAGCCUUCUUUGGCUCCAGUUCCUCCUUUACCAGAGCAUCCUGGUAAGGUCCGCCAUGGCCUUAUUCCUGAAGAAUUCUUUCAGUUCCUGUAUCCAAAGACAGGAGUCACAGGUCCCUACAUGUUUGGAACUGGUCUUCUUGUUUACCUCUUGUCUAAAGAAAUAUAUGUAAUUAAUCAUGAAACCGUUUCCAUGGUUUCCUUUGGACUUGUUACUGUGUAUGCUAUCAAGAAGUUUGGACCUCAAGUAGGAGAGUUUAUAGACCGGCUUAAUGAAGAGAAAAUUGCUAAGGCUCAGGCUGUGAAAGAUACUGCAGUCAAAGAACUGGCAGCUGCAGUUGAGGCAGAAAAGAAAGAACAGUGGAGAGUUGAAGGCCGGCAUUUCCUUUUUGAUGCUAAAAGGAACAAUGUGGCAAUGAUUUUGGAAACUAACUACAAGGAGAGACUAUUGAAUGUCUACAAUGAGGUGAAGAAACGUCUGGACUACCAGGUGGCUCUACAACAUCUUCUGCGCCGCAAGGAACAGGAACACAUGAUUAACUGGGUGGAAAAUAAUGUGGUGAAAAGCAUUACUCCACAGCAGCAAAAAGAAAGUAUUGCUAAAUGCAUCAGUGACUUGAAACUUCUAUCCAAGAGAGCGCAAGCAAUAGCUUGAGUUUUUUAAAGCAGAAGAUUUGUACAGCAGAGCUUCCAGCUGUUCAGACCUGCCCUGUACCAUACCUUGUAACGCCUAAAUAAAUAUUUCUACCUAA